AUGACAGUCGGUUUGACUCGGACUUUGCGCUCGGAGACUCUGGCCAAGAUUGCUACUCUUGGAAUUGAGACUGAAGAUCUGGAGAGCCCCGAGAACCCGAUUCUAGCAGCCAUUGAUUCGCUGUGGCCUACGGACGGUACUGAGCCUGUCACAGACUUUGAGUUCAAGGCCAAGGGCUCGGAGCUGUUUGUUCAACGUAUUGUUGAAGACGAUGACGCCAAUGCAUUUGUUCACAAUGAGACUCACGAUAUGGCAAUCUCAACUCAACCCUUCAUCCAGCCUGGACAGCGAUUCAAGAUCCAAGUCGGCAACCUGGGUGCACUCGACUCACUCUACUUCGUGGAGGACAACCCACCCCCAUUGGGUGAGGAUCAAAUUGAGCUCGAAGUUAAAGCAACUGGUCUCAACUUCAAAGAUAUUGUUGUCACCAUGGGCCAGCUUUCGCAGCCUUACAUCGGAAUCGAAUGCAGCGGUGUCAUAUCGAGCGUUGGUUCAAACGUGAAGGACUUCAAGGUUGGCCAGAGAGUUAUGGCGUUGCCUGAAGGUGGUUUCUCGACCUAUGCGCGAUGCCCUACUACCAGUGUUGCGGGAAUUCCGGACACCAUGUCCUUCGAGGUCGCAGCUACAAUCCCUGUCGUGUUCUGUACUGCAUACUACUCGUUGUUUGAUCUGGGUCAGCUGCAUCCAGACGAGCGUGUCCUGAUCCACGCCGGCGCCGGCGGUGUUGGGCAAGCAGCCGUCAUGCUUGCGCAAAUGAUCGGUGCCGAUAUCUUCGUUACCGUCGGUAGCCUUGACAAGAAGCAAUUCUUGAUGACUCAAUACGGGAUCCCCGAGGAUCGCAUCUUCUACAGCCGUGACACAUCCUUUGCUCAUGGUGUUCGGAGAGCGACUGGUGGGGUCGGUGUGGAUGUUGUCAUUAAUUCUCUUGCCGGUGAUCUUCUUCGCGAGACUUGGGAAUGCCUGGCGCCAUUUGGUCGGUUUAUCGAGAUCGGUAAGGCUGAUAUCACGAAGAAUACUCGACUGGAUAUGUUGCCGUUCGAAAAUAACGUCACGUUCGCGUCGGUCGAUCUCACCAAGGUUGCCAAAUACAAACCACAGCUGAUGAAGCGCCUUAUGGGUGAUGUUUGUCAGCUGGUGCGCGAGAAAUCUGUUCAUCCUAUCUUGCCGCUUUCAAUUUAUCGGAUCUCUGAUAUUGAAAAGGCGUUCCGUACUCUGCAGACUGGUAAGAGUAUGGGCAAGAUUGUGGUUGUUCCUCAAGAUGGCGAUCUCGUCAAGGCUGUGGCACCCAAGACUAGUUCCACCCUUCUGCAUCCGGAUGCAUCGUACAUCUUGAUUGGUGGUACGGGUGGUCUAGGUAGAAGCAUGGCUAAGUGGAUGGCCACCAAGGGUGCAAGGAACAUUGUCCUUGUAUCCCGUCGCGGAACUAGCAAUGAAAAGGUGCAGGCCCUGGUUGACAGCCUGGCGCCCUUGGGGGUGCGAAUCAUUGUCAAGGCGUGCGAUGUCAGCAGUCAAGAAUCUGUCGAGGCUCUCGUCAAGGAGGAGAUGAAAGGUCUUCCCCCAGUGCGAGGUGUGAUCCAGGGUGCAAUGGUACUGCGUGAUAUGCUGUUCGAGAACAUGUCUCUGGACGACUUUACAGCCGUGGCAUCUAGCAAGGUAGAAGGAACCUGGAAUUUACACAACACUCUAAUCGAAUCCCCACUGGACUUCUUCAUCGCUCUUUCAUCCGUGGCCGGCAUAAUCGGUAACCGCGGACAAGCAGCAUACUCCGCAGCAAACGUCUUCCUAGACGGAUUCACGGAAUACCGACAAUCCCUCGGCCUACCAGGAACAUCAAUCGACCUAGCCGCAGUCAGCGACGUCGGUUACUUAGCUGACAGUGACGCCCAAAGGCGCCAGGAAGUCCUGAAAAACAUCGGCAGCCAGGCCAUCAAUGAAUCCGAGGUCCUGGCACUCGUUGCUGCCGCCAUAACAGGCGACCUAAACCAGUCCUGUGUCGGGCAGUGCAUCACUGGACUGGCGCUGGAUUCUCUAGACAAUAACUUCUGGAUUCAAGACGCCAAAUUUAGCGUGCUUUACCAAGCUGCUAAGGGCCAGCUUGGUAGUAGCUCCCAGCGCGAUGGGCCGUCCGUCCCGCUGCAGGUUACUUUGCAGGCUGCGUCAUCUAAGGAAAAUGCUUUGCUUGUGUGCUAUGAAGCGCUGGCCGCUAAGUUGGCACAGGUACUUGUCAUCUCCUUGGAGGAUAUGGAUCCUUCGAUCACUGUGGCUUCGUUGGGUCUUGAUUCGCUGGUGGCGAUUGAGAUUCGGAACUGGAUUGCUCGGGAGGCCAAUGCUAAUGUACAAGUUCUGGAGCUCUUGUCUAGUGGGACUUUGAUGGCCUUGGCGGAGAUUAUUCUGAAUAAGUCUCAGGCUUACACCUCUUCGUGA